AUCGUGGUUCUUCUGUUGACAUUUUCCUCUUUGGAGAGGCUCAACUUUGGCGCUGUUGAUGUUUCAAAGCAGCGGAGGCAACCAACCGUUCCGCCCUCCUCGCAACCCCCUGGUGUGCCCCUCUUCACAGCCUCCCCCUUUCCCACAAUGCACUGCGGGCAUCACCACCAAGAUGGCCGAUGUCAUGGAGGAGUAUGAGAAAGAAGCUGGCUGCGUCCCUAUUCUCCAUCCAGAGGAAAUCAAGCCUCAGAGUCACUUCAACCACGGCUACAGCGAGAACGUCAGCCGCAAGAACCACGUGGACGACUACAGCACAUGGGACAUCGUUAAAGCCACGCAAUACGGCAUCUUCGAGCGAUGCAGGGAGCUGGUGGAGGCCGGAUUUGACGUCCGGCAGCCGGACAAAGAAAAUGUGACGCUCCUCCACUGGGCUGCCAUUAACAACAGGGUAGACUUGGUCAAGUACUAUAUAUCAAAGGGGGCCAUAGUGGACCAGCUUGGUGGAGACCUCAACUCCACACCACUGCACUGGGCCACCAGGCAAGGCCACCUAUCCAUGGUGGUGCAGCUGAUGAAAUACGGCGCCGACCCGUCCUUGGUGGACGGCGAGGGUUGCAGUUGCGUCCACUUGGCCGCCCAGUUUGGCCAUACUUCCAUUGUUGCCUACCUUAUCGCCAAGGGGCAGGAUGUAGACAUGAUGGACCAGAAUGGCAUGACCCCCCUCAUGUGGGCAGCGUACAGGACGCACAGCGUCGACCCGACCCGGCUGCUGCUCACCUUCAACGUGUCCGUGAACCUGGGCGACAAGUACCACAAGAACACGGCGCUGCACUGGGCCGUGCUGGCCGGCAACACCACCGUCAUUAGCCUGCUGCUAGACGCUAACGCUAACGUUGACGCGCAGAACAUCAAGGGGGAAACGCCGCUUGAUCUCGCUAAGCAAAGGAAGAACGUGUGGAUGAUCAACCACCUGCAGGAAGCGCGGCAAGCUAAAGGCUACGACAGCCCGUCCUACUUGAAGAGACUCAAGAUGGACAAGGAGGUGAGACAGAAGGUGAUGCUGGGAACGCCUUUCCUGGUCAUCUGGCUCGUGGGCUUCAUCGCCAACCUGGACAUCGACUCUUGGAUUAUCAAGGGCCUCAUGUACGUGGGCGUCUGGGUGGCCGUGCAGUUCCUCUCCAAGGUUUUCUUUGACCACUCCAUGCACAGCGCUCUCCCUCUGGGAAUCUACCUGGCCACCAAGUUUUGGAUGUAUACAACCUGGUUCUACUGGUUCUGGAAUGAUCUCCCCUUCGCCACUGUCCACGUGCCCUUCCUCAUUAACACGCUGGCUCUCUUCUACAACUUUGGCAAAUCGUGGAAAUCAGACCCAGGGAUCAUCAAAGCCUCCGAGGAGCAGAAGAAAAAGACUAUUGUGGAGCUGGCAGAGACGGGCAGCUUGGAUCUCAGCAUCUUCUGCAGCACAUGCUUAAUACGGAAGCCUAUCAGAUCCAAACACUGCGCCGUGUGCAACCGCUGCAUCGCCAAGUUCGACCACCACUGCCCCUGGGUGGGCAACUGCGUAGGAAGCGGGAACCACCGCUACUUCAUGGGUUACCUGUUCUUCCUGCUGUGCAUGAUUUGCUGGAUGAUUUACGGCUGCAUCGCUUACUGGAGGAUCCACUGCGCCACCUCUUACGCCAAAGACGGCUUCUGGCUCUACCUGACCCAAAUCGCCGCCUGCUCGCCGUGGAUGUUCUGGAUGUUCCUCAACAGCAUCUUCCACUUUAUGUGGGUGGCCGUGCUCAUCAUGUGUCAGCUCUACCAGAUUGCCGCUCUAGGAAUCACCACCAAUGAGAGGAUGAACGCUCGGAGGUACAAGCACUUUAAAGUCACAGCCACGUCCAUCGAAAGCCCCUUCAAUCACGGUUGCGUCCGAAACCUCAUCGACUUCUUCGAGGUCCGCUGCUGCGGCCUGAUCCGGCCCGUGGCGGUGGACUGGACCACGCAGUACACAAUAGACUACGACCAGACGUCAGGUUCUGGCUACCAGCUGGUGUAAAAAAAAAAAAAAAGAAAAGUGCGAAAACAGAAAGGGGAGGCGGGAGUCCUCGUUUUCCGGGAGAAAUCGACACUCCUUUGGAUCACAUCGCAAAAACACCGGACGACGGGAUUAGCAUGCUGUUUAAGGGCAAACCCCCCCCCCCCCCUUCCAUCUUGUCACCACUAUUAGAGGGAGAUGGACAACGAAACGUCACAAAAUCAAAAGCACCUCUGGUACGAGUAGAGAUGCGGUUGCAGUAUCCCCUCUUCACUCUAUUUAUGUUCUUUUAUUUACAGAUAAGGGAAUGUCUUUUUAUCAGCGUUUCCGGACCGGCAAAUAUCGGAACAUAAAAGAAAAAAAAGUUGCAGGUAUUUAUUUAAAACGUAUUUAUCAACGAGAUGCUCCUGUCAUUUCAGAUUUCUUUUUUUUUUUCUUCAGUUGAGGAUUCUUUUUUUUUUAUUAUUAAGAAUAUACCUGUAGCUGUUGGAUAGUAUUUAUUCUGAGUUAUAGGAAGUUUCAUUCCAUGUGUUUGUAUCAAAAAGCUGUAAAAUCUUUUUUUGUUGUUUGUUUCGUCUGCCUACAAACUUGCACUGAUUUAUUUUUAUUUUUUUUACUGAACAAAUUUUUUUUCUCCCCACCCUCCCAUUAUUGUUUAUCUUUCCCCUAUGUGAAGCGGAGAUUGUAAAGAAUGUGUACAUAAACAAUCUGGAACUCCAUUUUUCUUUCUGUAGUUUUUUUUAAAAUUCAAUUUGAGCGGGCCGAAAUGACAAGGACAUGAAGAAGUGACUGUAGCUUUUAGUGAUGUCCAACACUGGUGUCGCACACUUGCAUGUAUGAUGCCCCGCCCCCAAGCCACUGUAUAUACUCGAUGUUAUGUAUCGGCAAGUGCAUUCUGUUCCAUUUGUUUUAUUAGCCCUCAAAUCCAGUGUCUCGUGAACCCCUCCACUGUGUAUUAUAUUCCAUACUUGUGGAUUGUACUCAUCCAUUUUUUUUUUGGUAUUAUUUUUAAAUGUCAUUUGUUAUACCACUGGAUGUACAAAUUGUAAAGCAAAGACAAUAGACAAUUUUUUUUUCUUUUUCUAAAAGCAGAAAUGUGAUCAUGCAAGACGGGCCUGGUGUUUUUUCGCCCAUCAAUACACAAAAAGCAAACCCGGUUUCACGAGUUCUUCCGACAAAAAAGUCAUUUGUGUUCUGGGGAUGUACAGUAUAUAUAAAUAUACACGCAGAAAAAUCAGACGAUAUCAUUUCCAGUGCCUCUCUUUCGGCCCACAUCACUUUAACUCCGCUUCAGAUGUAAAACAUACGGGCAUGGUUGAGUUUUAAUGGCUUUAAUAAUAAAAGACAGGCAAAUGUGAA